AUUUUUUACAGUGUGCCGACGUGCAUAUAGCUAGCCCAUUCACAUGACUACUUUUAGUUAUUCUACUGUUACAUUGUUUUGUAUGUUUUACCAGAGCUUUUUUUUUUUUUUUAUUUUUUUUUUGCUUUGGAAUCUAUGGGGUGCUUUUGAUAACGUGAACACCACAUUUUUUUCGAGUCUCAAAUUAAGAAAUAGAUUAAUAGUUUAAAUUUUUUUUCUGUAGUCGAAUUUUAUACUGCAACUGUAAAGACCUACAGAACACGGGCGUUAUCUUAUUGCGCAUUUGUUCUGGUCUGGUAUAUUUGCUGAAAGACAGUCUAUCUCAGAAAGAGGGAGAAGAAGUAAAGGGAAGAAGAACAAUAGUAUAAAAUAGGGGGACCAACCAACUCAACUAGCAGUUAACACCCACACCUUCACUAACUUUUCCUUUGUUCCAAUUUCUACAUGUCCACUGUGGAAGAAUCACAACAACUGGUAUCACCGGAGGAGAACACGCUCACCAUGACGGCCAGUCAUCGGUAUGAGCCACGGGAGUAUUCUGGUGAGAAGGAGCCCAUUUCCGAUGAACGGCGAUCACUGGAUGAUUAUAAUGGUGAGGAGGCAGCAAUUGACGAUGAUACCAAUUCUGUAGAAACAACCAAUGAUGGUAACGACGACAAUGAUGGCGGUAAUGACAACAAUAACGGAACCAAUAGCAGCAAUGAUACGAAUGAAUCCUCGUCUGGACUCCUUUUCAAGAAGAAGAAUGUAAGAACUUCAAGAACACAAUCAUUUCAAUCUGUACUAUCAACAGCAUCACUCAAAUCUCUCAAGCAACAACAUCUUCUGAACCAACCACGAAGCAACAGUAUAAUCAGCAGCAACAGUAAUUACAAUAAUUCCAAAAAUUUCCAAUCAUUCAUUCAAGCACCGGUACUUCUGAGCAUUUCUGACCUUAAGAAUGAUGACGAUGUUCAGAUUGGCCAACAAUUGCCGUUUGAGGACAAGGGAGUCGAUGAACAAACCAGUAGAUCUCGUGAAGAAUAUGAUGAUGAAUAUGACCAAGAGGUGAUUUCUCAACAACAGAAACUCACCAUGAAUGCAUUAAAGAAAUUGAGUCUUUCGCCCAUUCCAAUUUAUAAUGGAGAGGAAGAAACUAUUGUUGAACAGAAGACAGCAUCUAGGAAGCCAUCGGUUGCCAAAAUGCCACAAUUGGAUAGAAUUGUAGAGCCUUAUCAGCCUGCUGAAGUUGAUUUAUCUUCGUUUGCUAGUUUGACUAGGCAGCCAAAGUUGGGUGAACACAAGGUACAGCAGCAGCAGCAGCAGCAGCCACAACCACAACCACAACCACAACCACAACCACAACCACAACCACAACCACAACCACAACCACAACCACAACCACAACCACAACCACAACCACAACAGCAACAGCAACAGCAACAGCAACAGCAACAGCAACAGCAACAGCAACAAGUAUCAGCUCAAGUUCCAGUGCGUCAAGAGGAUGAUGUUGGAACAACUGCAGAGGCAACAUCUGAAACUUCAACUAAAGAUGAACGAAAGACUCUUACACAGAAGGAAGCAGAAACGAAGUAUCAUAAUGAUUUACGUGAAUCGCAUCUCAAGUCGAUGAAGCCUGGGUUCCAGGUACCAUCCAAGGUUCCUGCUGCUGUCAUACCGCCCCAGAAUAUGAACAUGAGAAGAUCAUUGAGUCUGCAUAUGACCAAUUCUACAAGGCCCGGUGCUAAUGCCUCGGUGUUACCUGUUGAACAACAACAAUUACAACAGCAAUAUUUUCAACAACAACAAGUACAGCUGCAACUGCAACAACAACAACAACAACAACAGCAGCAGCCGCAAAAUCCAAAACAGCUGUCAAAACAUGUACAACAAAUCAAUGGGUUCAGGAGCCCAAUGUAUGUUCCAGCAGUGCUUAGAAUGACAAUGAAAAACCACGAAGGGGUUUCCAUUACCAAUGGAAAUAAUGGGAUACUGAGUCCACUUAGUCCAACCAACAGUUUCAACAAUCAAAGCUCGAGUAAUACACUUAAUAAUGGUUCGAUCACUACUAAGAACGGUAUGAAUGCCAAUAAUAAUAAUAAUACCAAUAAUAAUACUAAUAAUAAUUUCAUUACCAGUGGUGAUGAACAUGGUGAAGGCAAUAAUGUGCAUCAUAAUAACAAUUCAUUCAAUAAAGGAACCGAAACACUUUCGCCUCCGAACGAUUACAAUCAAUCUUCAAGAACUUCCUUGGCCUCGAUUGAAUCUACUGAAUCAUUGAACUCUGUGUCGGGAAGAAAGGGAUACCCAUACGAUGACCUCUCAAGACUGGCACCUACACGUAGACACUGGUUGAAAGAUGAAACAGUCAUGAAGUGUGGAGUGCGUACUUGCACCAAGAUCUUUAACUUCUUUGAAAGAAGACAUCAUUGUAGAAAAUGUGGAGGGAUUUUUUGUAAUGAACACACGUCACAUUAUCUUUAUAUCAACCAUUUGGCGCAAUUUACAACUGGUGGUAGAGGAACAUUGUCUAAGGUUUGUGAUUAUUGUAUUGAAGAAUAUAAUGAAUUCAUUAAACAUGAAUUUGGCGUAGAUAUCCACCCUACCCAUAAAGUUCCUAGGAAAUUGCAAAAAGGUCCACCCCUGCCCAAAAAGGCUGUUUCUACAAAUCACAUUUAUGGUGGAUCCAAAAUCAAUAAUCAAACUCACCAAAUUCCAAAGAAUGGAGGGGCUAUUCAACAAAUCAGGAAAGAAGGAUCUCGUACCGAUCAAUUGGUGGGAAGUGUUCCUGCCAAUUGGAGUUGGAGUUCUUUCUAAAUUAUAUUAAUUUGAGCUCUACUUUCCCAUUAUAUAUUACU